UGUGGAUCUAAGUGUGGCCCUAGGCCCCACAAAAGUGGAAAUAAAGCCAACGCUGUUACCGCGUUACAUAGAAACCUAGACUUAUCAUCAAUCAAUCCACGAAUCAACAGAUCUGACCACACAGCUGACUUGGCACGAAUUCCAUGAACUUGACAUUCGUGACAUGAGUCCAGUGCGGUAGAUCGACCAGGAUACUCACUUGUCCCAACUAAGCUCAUAAACUCCCAACCGCGGUGGUUUCAAUUGCGAAGAUUUGCCGCAGGCACCGAUUCGGCUCAAUCACUUCAGCAGCUCUGUCACUGCUGCUACGUUUAGUUUCGACCUGACUCACCCUUCAUCGACAUGGCGCAGGAGCUGCGCGAGGAAGGAUGUUUUGCUAAAACAUAUGAACGAAAAUACUAUCACCGCCACGGCACCUUCAUCAAGCGAACUCUACGGCCUCGGGAGUUUCGUACUGGACAUCUCGGUCUCCACAUCCCGCGGGUGAAUAAAGAGAGGCUUAGGAACGAAGCGGAAUCGUUGAGAUUUAUCCGUCAGCACACCAAUAUUCCAGUCCCAACUGUAUAUUGCGAUUUCGAGGAUGACGAAGCCUAUUACCUGAUCGAGGAAUAUGUCGACGGGGCUAGCAUGUCAGAUCUCUCGGAAGACGAGAAAAAACUGCGCUUAGAGCUCAAGACCCAUCUUACCACUCUCAAGACCCUGAAGUCCAACCGAAUCGGGGGCCCGACAGGGCUUGUGAUCCCUCCGUACCGGGUCAUGCGACGCACGGAUGAGGAUGCUUGGGCUCUUCGACCGUCAAAUUCGGAUGAAUACGUGUUCUGCCACAACGAUCUAUCUCAGCAAAAUGUCGUUGUCGACCCGUUGACUUUAAAAAUUCAGGCUAUUGUUGAUUGGGAAUACGCCGGCUUCUUUCCAUCUUGUUUCCAAUGGCCAUUUUAUAAUCGUCUUGGCCCUUCCUCUGCUUUGGAAGGAGAGACAGAUGACUCUUUCGAGCUGCUCGACUUUCUUCAAUCUCAAGUCGAGGCAGGGCAGGUGUUGGACCAAAUUGACCGUCAAAAGACGAGGGACCCACUCGCUAUAGGAUGAGGUAUUUUUGGUAUUUAUAAGGUCUGACAGCAGAACUUAAGUAUAUCCUUGGAUGUCGAUACCAUUGGUUCAUUCGACAACGGCAAGGCCCGACUAUCGUAAAGUAGCCUCCGAAUUGCGCUUGCCACGAUCAGAUCCCAGAACGACAAUCACGGUUCCCGC